UGACUUCCCGUUAAGAUUAGCAGACAGGUGAAGCCUCUCUUUGCGUGUGGACUGCUGUGCCCAUUGUCUCACAAUGGACCUACCAUCUUUACUGCUUUGUAUACUGCUGGAAGUCCUGGCUGUAAAUUGUCUAGACGUUGCACAGGAGCGUAUAGUGGGAGGAUACGCACCAGUUCCACAUUCAAUCAAGUACAUCGUGUCAAUACAGACGACGGAGCGUCAGCACAUCUGUGGAGGUUCCUUGAUAAAUAAGUACUGGACAAUCACAGCAGCACACUGUAACAUUGGGAUAAAGAAUAUGAUGAUAGUGGCAGGAGACUACUCUCUCACCAUCUAUGAGGGCACAGAGCAAGAAAUCAUGCCCCAUCUUUUGGUGCCGCACCCUGAAUACAAUGAGACCACCAACAACAAUGACAUUAUGCUUAUAAAAUUGAGGGCCCCAGUCUAUCUGAACAACUACGUUUCCAUCGCUCUGCUGCCCAGGCAGGACGCCUCCAUAGCGGAGGGUCGAAUGUGUCGAGUGUCAGGCUGGGGAUUCGUCAGCCCCAACGGAGGCGAGAUCCCCUCGACCCUCCGUACCGUCAAGCUCCCCAUCGUCUCCACACAAAACUGCAACAGCAGUCAGUCCUUUGACGGCAGCAUCACAGGAAACAUGCUCUGUGCUGGUUUCAGUGCUGGUGGAAAGGAUGCCUGUCAGGGAGACUCUGGGGGUCCGCUGGUAUGUGAAGGCCGGGUCUAUGGCUUGGUGUCCUGGGGGAGAGGCUGCGCUGAGCCCCAGUUUCCUGGAGUCUACACCGCUGUGUCCAAGUACCGCAGGUGGAUCGACAACACCAUAUUUAGCUACUACAGCAGGUGUGACAAGGAUUAGGACCCAGCGUUACGGAGAUAAAGACAACACACUUGCUGGAGACUUGAGGUUCUUCAUUUUGGUUUAGCCUGCUUUCAUUUCAUAUGUAUGUUCUUUUUAUCAUUUGUGCACAUUUGAUUACAUGUUCAUGACUUAAAGGAAUAGUCCUACAGUAUGGGAAACACACAUUCAAUUUCUUAUCACUCUCAUCUCUGUGCACUAAAUAUGAAGUUGUAGCUAGCACAGGGUUAGCUUAGCUUAGCAUAAAGACUGGUAGCAGGAGGAAACAGUUAACAAAAUCCACCUAGCAGCACCUCUAAGAUGUUCUUAUUAACACAUUAAAUCUUAUUUGUUUAAUAUGUACAAAAUCUAAAGCAUAAAAACUUGAUGCUAAGCGAACUGUCUUCAUGUUGGAAGGACAGACAUGAAAGUGGUAUCAAUCGUCUCAUCUCAUUCUCAGCAAUAAAGGGAAUCAGUGCAUUUCCUUUAAGUUUUCAAGCUUGACUAUUUAUCAUAUGAUGUGUUUAAAGCAUUUCAGAAACAAAACAAGUGAUGGAAAAUCGCCCCUCUGACAGGACAUAUUCACAAUACAUUACCACAACAACAGCAGUGAGGUGCCAUAUCAGAUUCAGAGCUUUCCAAGCCUCAUGAGGAACUAUUUGAAAUGGCCAUCUGCCAAUCAUAUGAGCAGCCAAUGCAAAGUGCAGACGUGACACAAAGACAACAGCAGCAACAGCUGUGAAAUACCAUGCAAUCCAAUACAUUAACCCUGUAAAAAAAAUCACCUUUCUGAAGCUUACAGUGUUUAGUUUUGUUAGACUGCAGCUGAAACUAUUAGAAAAUGAAUCAGUAAUUAUUCUAAUAAUCAGUAAAUAUAAGUAAAUCGCAAAACGUUCGGCAAAAAAAAGCAAUUUAAAGAAGUUAUUUUGGGCUCUAGGAAACUGUGAUAGGCAUUUUUCACUAUUUUCUGAUGUGACAAUUAUUCGAUUGACUUGGAAACAAUCAAAAAUUGGAAUUGAAAAUUAAUUUUUUGUUGCAGCCCAGAAAAUUGUUGAUUCAGCUGCAGCAUAACUUCACAUUUUUCACUCUAGUGUUUUUGGGUUAGUUGUUUUGGAUUGCAAAAGCAAACAUCAAAUAGUAAAGUUCAUACUUUUGAUCAACUCCAAUAAUCUUGAAUGCAAGCAGCAACAAUGCAGAAAUGGAUUGAUUUAUUCUUUACAAACUCAUUUAAUCAAUAAAAGACCAUUAAUGCAUCGAGACUUCAUGUCCAUCUGAAUGUCAAUGAACUCACUUGGUUGCAAUAAUUAAGAAUCUAUAUUCUGUGUGUGUGUGUGUGUGUGUGUGUGUUGUGGAGGAAGACAGAGCAGCUGCUUUUUGAUAAGCCCAUGGUUAGUUUUCAGAAUAAAGUUGAAUUAGUGGGUAAAUUACUGCCAAUUUCAUGUGGUUUAUUUAUGGACUCGUCUUGUUGUAAACCUGGCACUAUGCAUCAAGCACCUUAAAGUGUGAGAGUUGAGUAAAUGCUUGGGAUUGGUUUAGAAAUGGAGACUGAAAUUGUGCGCAUGUUAUAAAACAGUGACAUGAAUUGGAGUGUUUUCUUGUUUUAUACUCUUUAAUAAAUGACUGA